ACCUCGGAACCAUUCCUUUACAUCGUCCUCCACAGCGCACGCCCCCUCCCCCCGGCGAUUCCGACCGACUUCAUCUGUUCCGCGGAGCUACGACCGUGCUGCCCCGGCUGCGACAGCAUUAAGCGAAAGCACACCAUGGGCCCGGACGCCGACGCAACGGAGGCCGUGACGCCGCCAUCGUCGGCUGCGGGAUCCGCAUCGGUUCAGAAGCGCCCAGUCCCUGCGCCUGCGUCUGCCGAGGUGCAACGGGCCAAGAGGGCCAAGUAUACCCCCAUCGCCUGCAACGAGUGCAAGAAGCGGAAGCUCAAGUGCAUCAAGGAGGACCAUCAGGCCGUGUGUCGGCGAUGUCUCUCCAACGGCGCCGAGUGUAUCUUCAUUCCCGGUCCGCAACAGACGCCGCUGAGAGAUCGCGAGGUUACCCAUGAGAGAGAUGAAUCCAUCAACCCGUAUGAACCCCCGCAGUGUCCUACCGUCAAACCCUGUUGGCCUAAUCACCACGACAGCUCACAGUACAAGAACCUCAGCGAUGAGGUAGCCACGCUUCGAGAGCAGGUCGCCACCCUGACCUCGUCCCUCCGCGAGCUCACCGGCAAGAUCACGCACAUCAGCACGCGGUCGCCAGCGGCCCUCGUCGGUCCGCAGCACCCUAGUCCUCUGUACACGAGCGAGUCCAACCGGCGGCCUAGCGAGCCGAGAGAGCCGCAGUUCGUCGGCCCGACGAGGUCGGCGUUCAGUCUCCGCAUCGCAGAGUCCUCGCUCUCCCGCGUGCACAUCCAGGCGCGCGAUGCGUCGCCGAACAGCAGAUCGGCGUCACCGGCUGCCUCUGCGAGGGCGGCGUCUGAGGCUUCGGAGCAUCCUGCCUCGCCGUCAUCGUCGUCGCAAAAGGACCUGGAUUGCCUCUUGACGUUCGAGGCUGACGAGGUUCUUCGGCUGCUUGAUGUCUAUCAGGAUGAUAUUGAGUCCGUGUACCCUUUUACCAAUAUGAAUGAUGUCUCUGCGAGUUUGCCCCAUAUUCUCGACUUUGUCAGGACCCAGCAGAACCCGCCGGCAGCGGCGGAGGACUCGGCCACUGCCGGGGAUCGACCCAGGAUUGAACUCAAGGAUGUGCAGAUUGUCAAAGUAGCGAUUGCCACGUCGAUAGUGAUGGAGGCGCAAGGGCAGAAUGCCAUCAGCACGAAGCUGGUUGAUGCGGUGGAGCCGAUCGUGUGCCGCGUGUCUGGGGAAGCUUUCAUUGACCUGAAAGAACUCCAGAUCAUGACCAUGCUGAGCAUCUAUUGGUUUCAUUGCGGCGAGGAGUUGCUGGCGUGGAGAUCCAUCGGCAUCUCUGGGCGAGAAGUCUUGGAAAUCGGGCUUCAUCGUCGCGCCAUACUUCUUGAGAACUUCAAGGAUCCCAAAGAGAGAGACUUGGCUCUGCGAUGCUUCUGGUGUGUAUAUGUGCUGGACCGCCGAUGGAGCUUCGGCACGAGCUUGUCUUUUGGGCUUAUCGACCGCGACAUUGAUCCCGAGUUGCCGGAGCCGGGAGACGAAUAUCCGUACCUGAGAUGCAUGGUGGCUUAUGGCAGGCUUUGUUCGAAAGUCUGGGAGGCGCUUCCCCCUUUCGAGUCGCCAUCUCAGUUCAUUCCCAAGGAUACCGUGGCGUUUCUCGACUUCAUGACGCUGAACUGGCUGAAUUCGAUACCGGAAGAUUUGCAGCUUCGGCAUCCACGACUGGGUCUUGCGCCGAGAAUCCAGCCACGCAGCGUGCAUCGCCUCCGCACCCUGCUCUACCUGCGAGGGAAUCACAUGCGGACGCUCAUCCACCGCCACCACGUGCUCAGCACCGCCAGUAUCAAAGCAGACAUGCAGAGCGCGAAGCUCGUCACGGAGAUUGCGCUCGACACGAUUCAGGUGCUUGUUCAUUUGAACGAGACGAGCGACAUUUACGCGCGGCAGCAGCAUGCCUUUAACUACUUUCUGAUGAGCGCCUUGGCUGUGAUCCUCCUGGCUGUGUGCCACGCACCAGGCGUCUUCACAGAACCUUGCAAGGAAAAGUUUUUGAAGGCUGUGCAGCUGGUCAAGGGGUUCUCCCGUCACGGCCAUGCCAGUCGGAGGUUGUGGAAGACGAUUCGAGGCCUUAUGCCGAGCAUCAAGUCGUUGGGCCUGCGCAGCGACCCUGAGAAAGGCGAAGCCCUUCCACCGGUGGAGAAUGGGGAGACGGAUCCGAACGAAAGCCACAUGAACGGAUUGGAGCAGACUGCCGGCCAAAACGAGCGCGAUGGGAGACGGGCGGAGGCCGCGUGGGAUGCGUAUGAUGCGGGCCCACAAACAGCAAGCUCCAUGCCGGACAUGUUUAAUAUGGGAAACGAUCUCAUGAACCUUUUUGACGCGUUUGGUCAUGCGAAUGCUGGGCAUCCAGCGCCAUCAGACUUUCCUGUCGGGUUCUUUGGAGGCAACGAGCAGGGGAUGUCACUUGGGGAUCCGGAGGAGAUUUCACGGCGGUUCCAAGGUCUGAUUUGA